CUUGAAGGUGCUGAAGGGCAGCAAAAAGCUCAAGAGCAUGAGCAACUGCAGGAAUCAUCUCGACGACCACGGAGACCACCAAGAUUUUGUUGCAAUAAUCUUCAAGAUUUUCGGUCACGUUGGGCUGCAACUCUUGGCCAAGGACUGACCAGCUCGGUGGUCAGCCCACAACUCGUUAAGCGUGCAAAAUACACUUCCGACAAUUUUGGAGAUCCGACACUCUCACCACCUCGACGACUACUAACGACAACAGGGUCAAGAUGCUCUCUUGCCUUCCUGCCGCGCAAGCGGGCCUCGAGACACCGUGGAAAGGUCAAGAGCUUCCCCAAGGAUGACCCCAAGAAGCCCGUCCACCUGACGGCCGCCAUGGGCUACAAGGCCGGUAUGACCACCAUCGUCCGUGACCUUGACCGUCCCGGUGCCAAGAUGCACAAGAAGGAGAUCGUCGAGGCCGUCACCGUCAUUGAGACUCCUCCGAUGAUCGCGGUUGGUGUCGUCGGCUACAUUGAGACCCCUCGUGGUCUCCGCUCGCUCACCACUGUCUGGGCUGAGCACCUGAGCGACGAGGUCAAGAGGCGCUUCUACAAGAACUGGUACAAGAGCAAGAAGAAGGCCUUCACCAAGUACGCCAAGAAGCACGCUGAGCAGGGCGGUGCUCCCAUCACCCGCGAGCUGGAGCGCAUCAAGAAGUACUGCACUGUCGUCCGUCUGCUUGCUCACACCCAGAUCCGCAAGACCCCGCUCAAGCAGAAGAAGGCCCACUUGAUGGAGAUCCAGAUCAACGGUGGCACUGUCGCCGAGAAGGUCGACUUCGCCCACAACCUCUUCGAGAAGGAAAUCCCCAUCGACACCAUCUUCGAGCAGGACGAGAUGAUCGAUGUCAUCGCCGUUACCAAGGGUCACGGUUUCAACGGUGUUACUGCCCGUUGGGGCACCAAGAAGCUGCCUCGCAAGACUCACAAGGGUCUCCGCAAGGUUGCUUGUAUCGGUGCCUGGCACCCGAACCACGUCCAGUGGACUGUUGCCCGUGCUGGUCAGUUGGGUUACCACCACCGCACCUCGAUCAACCACAAGAUCUACCGUAUCGGCAAGGGUUCGGACGAGGGCAACGCUUCGACCGACUACGAUAUCUCCAAGAAGCAGAUCACUCCUAUGGGUGGUUUUGUCCGCUAUGGUGAGGUCAAGAAUGACUUCAUCCUCCUUAAGGGUUCCGUUCCUGGUGUGAAGAAGCGGGUCAUGACUCUGCGCAAGUCUCUCUGCCCGCAGACCAGCCGGAAAGCCACCGAGAAGGUCGAGCUCAAAUGGAUCGACACCUCCUCCAAGUUCGGUCACGGUGCCUUCCAGACGCCGGCCGAGAAGCGUGCCUUCAUGGAACUUCCAAUUCUCCACCAAUUCUUCUGCCCCUUCUCAUCACUAGCAAUCGACUUGGACCGCAAUCCUCGUUUUUCGCAGGCCGAGGGAUCGUUGCGGGCCAGAGUGCUGCUGACCCAUUGCGUCAUGCACGAUUUCCGGCUUCUCACCCCCGCGAUCAGGCACACAAAGUACGUGCAUGCGCGGAUAACAUCGCUGCCGGCAUCACCGCACCUCCGAGGCAGUCCCUUGCAUCAUUCCCGCUCUUUGCACCCUAGCAGGACAUCUCAAAGAACUGACAAUCUCCCCGCGACUGCACCAAUCGCGCAGACACGGCCCUUUUCCGCCGCGACGAGAAGAAACAUGGCUUCCGAUGCGGACUACAUGGCCUUCCUGGACAAGGCCAACGCCCAGCGCGAGGCGGGCCUGCGCAAUCGGUCCCAGACGCAGCCGUCAACGAGUAUCAGGACCGAGACCGUCGAGACCGGGGUGAGGGUCCCCGAUGUGCUGAAGCUGGUGGACACGUAUUACGUCUCGGAGACAGACGAGCCGUUUGAGCCGGUCUCGUUGAGGUGGGAGGGUGCUGUGAGAGGGGUAUGGCCGGGGGCUGAGCAAUUCGCAUCCCUCAUCACCGGCUCUCCCUCCGCCACAUCAGAUCUCUUCGACUCCGGGUCCAUCUCGACGCUUUCGCCCGAUGCCUGGGAUCCCAAAGGCCAGUACACCGCUGUGCUCCGUGCCGUCCGCACCGCUGCCGUGGCCUCGGAUGCGUCGACGAGCAAUGUCGACCAGGCCGGUGUCGACGUCAAGGUCUACCGGGUGGAGGUGGGCAGAAGUCGGGUGGAAUACUGGGUUCUGGCGCUGGACGUUGUGGAGGGGAGGAUUGUUGGGUUGAGGGCGAAGGCUGUUGAGACUUGA